UACUGUUCAGAAGUCAGAGAGGGUGAGAGACGCGCUUCAAAAACACAUCUUAAACCUCUUCUACCCUUCUCCUUCUUUGCUCCUUCUGUCUUCUCUCUCUCCCUCCCUUGCUCGCUGUCCCUCCUCUGUUGCUUCCCCACGAAACAAAGAGGAGAGCAGAUAAUUUAAACUUCUGAAGCUGAGUGACGAAGAGCCAUUUUCUUCAUACUGAAGGUGGGUAGGGGCUGAGAACGAUGCCAAACCAGCUAUGGUUUGUACUGCCAAUGAUUUACAAAGCUGGAAAGAUUUUCCCAAGGGACUUAGGGUUCUUCUCCUUGAUGGGAACACCAAUUCUGCUGCCGAUAUAAGAGCAAAGCUGGAGGCCAUGGACUAUAUUGUUUCUAUAUUCUGCAACGAGAAUGAAGCCUUGUCGGCAAUCUCAAGCAAACCCGAAGGCUUCCAUGUUGCCAUUGUGGAGGUUAGUACAAGCAAUGACCAAGGGUGUUUCAAAUUUCUUGAGAAUGCCAAGGACCUGCCAACCAUUAUGACUUCAAACGAUCAUUGCCUCAGCACUAUGAUGAAGUGUAUAGCACUUGGCGCAGUUGAGUUCCUAAGAAAACCGCUCUCUGAAGAAAAGCUCAGGAAUAUCUGGCAGCAUGUGGUUCACAAGGCAUUUAAUGCUGGGGCAACUGUCCUGUCUGAAUCACUAAAGCCUGUCAAAGAAUCUGUGGUAUCAAUAUUGCAGCUCGAAACAGAAAAUAAGGAACAGCAAAGUAAAAUCUCAAUAGAUAUCGAGAAAGUAUCAAGGUUUAGUGAACAUGACCAUGAGCUAUCAUCGGGGAGUGAUAAUAAAUAUCCAGCUCCUUCAACUCCACAAUUAAAACAGGGGGCUAGAUUACUGGAUGAUGGAGAUUGCCAUGAACAGACUCAUUGCUUGACUGAAAAAGAAAGUGGAGACCUGGAUGGGGAAACUAUAUCUGUCGAAACUACAUGUGGAAAUUCGAAUUCUGAGGGUGCUACACCUCAACCAAGUAAGCCUGAAACGACUCUAAUUAAGAAGGAAGAGGAGUAUGCCAAUGGUUCCAAGAGUGAGAGUGAUGUAUCUACACAUAAUCAUGAUGGAAAUUUUGUGAGCAGCCAUGAUGAUAGCACUGCAUCUCCCAAAAAAGUAGGUGUUCUCAGUGAUGCAUGCGAGAACACAGCUAAUAAAAAGAAAUCAAAGAAGGUGAAGGUAGACUGGACGCCUGAACUGCAUAACAAAUUUGUUCAUGCAGUGGAACAACUAGGUAUUGAUCAAGCCAUACCUUCUCGAAUUCUGGAGCUAAUGAAAGUGGAGGGGUUGACAAGGCAUAAUGUGGCUAGCCAUCUUCAGAAAUAUAGAAUGCACAAGAGACAUAUCUUGCCUAAGGAAGAAGAUCGAAGAUGGCCAAAUCAAAGAGAUAUAAUGCAAAGGAGCUAUUAUGUGCCAAGGCCCAUUAUGGCCUAUCCUCAAUAUCAUUCUAACCACACCUUAUCUCCAGCUCCUAUGUAUCCUAUGUGGGGUCAACCAGGAAGUCAACCGGCUGGUGUACAGAUGUGGGGCCCACCUAACUAUCACGUAUGGCAGCCUUUUCCGGGGAUGCACGCAGAAGCAUGGGGUUGCCCUGUGUUGCCACCUUCUCAAAAUCCUUGUUUUUACCACACUCAACAUACGCCUGGAUUGCACAGUGCUAAUAACGUUGAUUAUAACUCUAGCAUGCCUCCAAGUUCGUUGGAGCAUCAUCCGGCGGAUGAAGUUGUUGACAAGGUUGUGAAGGAGGCAAUAAGCAAGCCAUGGCUGCCCUUGCCCUUGGGUCUCAAACCUCCUUCCACAGAUAGCGUAUUGGCUGAACUUUCUCGGCAAGGCAUAUCCACCAUCCCUCAUGGUUCCAAAUCUAUAUAGCCACUGAGUCCCAUCGAGAGUGACUCCGAUGGCGACAAAAUUUAUGUUCUGGCUGGUACUAGAAUUGCUGUUUUACCCAAUAAGCAAUUCUGCAAUUUUUCUUUUUUCUUUUUUUCCCCUCGAAUUUGAGAUCCCAAUUAAAUGAACUGGUUAGGAGAUGGAAGUUGAGGACCAGCGUACCUUGUCUGGUCCCUCUCGAACAACCGACCACUCUGAGGUUUCCACCAAGCUGAUGAUGUGAAGCUACACUCGAACAACAACAACAACAAGAAGAAUGGACAUCGAUCCUAUCCUAUCCAUUGCUUUUUGUUUGCCGGAAUAAAAAAGCUCAUUUCAGUGGGAGACACCCGUCUGGCAACAUUGGGCGUCCCAGAAGUGGCCACGUGGUUGCUGAUACUUACACCAUGUUUGUGGCUGUAAAUAAACAGAGUUUUGAUGGGGAUGUGAGUUGUGAAAUGCACACAACUUUUGGGGCAUAAAAGUGCAAGUGGCUGCAAAUUCCAGAGUGAAAUGUGUAUGUGUGAGAGGGAUAGGGUGGGCCCAGUAGUAGUCGUAGUGGAGUAGGUAUCUAAUAAUGGAAACGGUGGCGCUUUUGUUUUCUUCUUCCCUUUUUUGAGGGUAUGGCAUGUAGAGAGAGUAACGUUGAUAUUUGCUGCUCUGGUGUUUGUUAAUAAAAAUGAGCGCAAUCCAGGCGGAAGCUGACAAUUCCAUUUUCAUGUUUGCUUCGAAACAUAGUUCAGUUUAAAGCGUU